AUGGAGUUCCAGCUCAAGAAGCUUCGUCUUCGAGACGAAUGGACGUUGCCAAGCUUCAGAUCGGUGUUUCCGGACGCUUCCAGCAGUCAAGCAACCUCCGAGGCCAUACCAGUUGACGCUUCGAUGACACUGGGAGGACUUCCACCCAUCAGCGCGUUGAACGAGACGCAGCAGAACGACGUCAAUACUGAAGACGUUUCCAAUACCGACACCACACUUUCCAACGAAAUCAUGACGGCCUUUGACAGUCUUGACGCUCAAGCAGAAUCGGACGCAUUACCACUCGAAUUUCAAUGCCGCUACCGUCACGGAAAAUGUUCCAAACCUCGCACACUCAAGAAGAACGGAUCGAUGCACAGCUUCUGCGAAUACCAUCGACAGCUUUCGGUACGCAACCAACGAGUAUUCGACCAGAAAAAGCGACACAAACAGGAGCUUCCAACCAGCAAUACUGCAAGCAACAUCUCCAACCACGAAGAUGCCCAGCAGGACACACAUGAAGCGAAGAAGCGACCCAAACGCAGACGCCGAACGGUGUAA